GCCUAGGUCCUGGCAGGGCCGCACCAUUACGUCUCCAGUUAUUCUCCAGUGCGGACACAUUAGCGAUACUAUGAAGUACUUCAGGUCAGUGUUUGGUGCACUGACGAGUGGCCAGGGGGGCGGAGUCCGCGAUAACACACACUACAGUGCUGUCAAUACCCAGGAGCCCCUCGGUUUCCAGGACUCCGUUUACGCACCGACCACCGUUCCGGAGCGAAGCCUCAACCCCGCCAUCGCCGUCUUUGACCGAUUCCUUCAGGGAAGGCUCCACCAGAAGAAACAGCGCUCAAAAUGGGUGUUCCUGACCAUGGUACUAGGAUUGUUUGCUCUCACAUUCGGUUCUCUUCUGAUUGUCAUUGACCCCUACAGCAUCAUAUUCACAAUGAAAACCAGGUUCAGUGAAGGCACUGAUACAUUUGAAAUGUGGCGCAAGCCCCCUAUCAAAUUGGUUCUCAAAGUGUAUUUGUUCAACGUGACCAACAAAGAGGAGUACAUGAGUGGGAAAGAUUCAAAGCUGAAGUUCCAGCAGGUCGGCCCCUAUGCCUACAGGGAAGACAUGUCUCACAGCAAUGUGACGUUCAACAGUAACGGCACAAUGACUUCGAUCCCACUUCACCCCCUCACUUGGCUACCCGAGCUCAGCAACGGCACUGAGGAGGACCUAUUGUACCUCCCUAACAUUGCCCUUCUGAGCAUAGCUAAUGUGAUGAAUGAUGCCACAUUUUUCACCAGAGUAGGGCUGAAUUUGGUAAUCAAAAAGACCAGUUCAGAGCCUCUAGUGAAGAUGACUGCGAAAGAGUUCAUGUUUGGAUACAAGAGUACGCUUCUGUCCCUUGGCAACACCUUCAUGCCCUCCUGGAUAUACUUCGACAAACUGGGCCUCAUAGACCGAAUGUACGACUUCGAUGGCGACACAAGCACGAUUUAUACUGGGGAGACGGACCUUCGGCUGAGUGGGCUGUUUGAGAACUAUAACAGACGACCUUACUUGCCCCAGUGGGAUGGGGCCCCUUGCAACGCUGUCUCUCGCGCCAGCGAUGGCACCAAGUUCCCAUCCCUCAUAAAGCCUAAUGACACCCUUCUCUUCUUCAGGAAGUCCUUGUGUAGAUCGAUGCCUUUGGUCCGAGUAGGAGAGGAUUGGGUGAGUGGUAUGAAUGGUUACCGUUACCACUUCCGCAAGGGAGCUCUUGAUAAUGGUCAUAACGAAACUGCUAACAAGUGUUUCUGCAGGAAAGGCAACUGCCUACCUGCAGGGCUCAUUGAUGUCACCGAUUGCUAUUAUGGAUUUCCAAUAGCGCUCUCCUAUCCUCACUUCAUGGAGGCAGACGAAACUCUCAUUGACAGUGUCGAAGGCAUCCGUCCAAAUCCUGACAUUCACAGUACUCACUUCAUUGUCAAUCCUGAGUCAGGCCUACCUCUACAGUUGUCUGUGAAAAUGCAGAUCAACAUGGCAUUGGGGGACCUCAACAAUAUCGCUAACUGCAAAUUGUUCAGUCACACUGUCUUGCCCAUGCUUUGGACUGAUAUCUACUUUGAUGAGCUGCCCACUAGCAUGGCGACCAGAUUCUACAUCUAUUUGCGAGUGGGUCCGAUCGCUCAGACCAUCUUCACUUACCUCUUUCUCAUCGGAGGGAUGUCCUUUAUCCUGCUCAGUUUGGCUUCAGCCUUCUGCAUACCUAAAGACAUCAAGCUCAAGGAAGCCACUGUCUGGAAGGAAGAGGCCUUCCGCCACCAAGUGGUCGAGAAAGAGAUGAACAAACAGAGGUUGAAGGAGACAACUAACAACACAAAAGAGAUGGAGGUUUACUACUGCUCCUUGCUUCGGACAAAUGAGGACACAGAAGAAGAUUCAGUGCUGCAAAGGACAUUAGAUAGCUUCGAAGAGGUGGAAGUUUGAUAGUAUUGAGUUAUUUCUUGUCUAAGUUGUCCUGUGUGCAAACAGCAAGUGUGAACACAUGUUCUGUUGUAGACAGAAGUACAGAGCAAACAAGUUCUGUUGUAGACAGAUGCGCAAAGCACACAAGUUUUGUUGUUGACAGAUGCGCAGAGCAGACUGCUAACCUAGUCAUCCUCCACUCUGUGGUGAAACUCUCCUCUUAGAAUUAACUAUCUAUGUGUCUUGUGAUAUACAACCAGAAUAUACUUAAUUUUAUUACGUUUUAAAGGUUUUAAAGUCUCUAAGUGAUCAUACAGGAGAUCAGUACUUGUUUAAUUAAUCCAAUUUUUUAGUUAUAAAGUAAAACAGAAAAUUAUGAGUGGCAUAUCUUAAAUAGACAAUUGAAGACUCCUGUUCCCACGUGGCAAUACAAAAAUUUUUCAGUUGUUUUAUAGUAAUAAAUUAUCCUCUAUGUUUGUUUAUUUUGUGUUUUAGCUUACGAUUACAUGUGAUAUCUUAGUUUUAAGACGAUAGAUAAUAUAUUAUAGUUCUUUUUUACUUCUUUUUGCACCAUGUUAAUUUCAUCACAUUUUAAUACAAUAUCACUAAUUUCGGUUACAAUAUGCUAUAAUGGUAUUUUUUAGUAUUAAGCCUCAAAAUUCAAAGGGGGUUUUUAUAUUUUUAGUAAUUUUUUUCUUUAAUCUGUGAAUAUUUCACUAAAUAUGUUGGAUACACAUAGGCUUAUUUGUUUGUAUGUAUUUUCGUAAUUCAUGUAAGAUCAUGAGUGUACAUCGAUUUAUAAAUACAAAUCAUUAUAUAUAGGGAAAGUUAUUCAAAGUUUCACUAAUUUUAAAACAGGAAACAAACAAUGCAAUUUUUUAAUUUUUAAUACAUGGACUUGCAUAAAAUUUAAAUCUAUAGAAUACUAUUUCGAAUCUAAAAUAUUAUAAAAACUGUAAACACAAUUUGUCUAUAAAUCUGAAUUUAUCAUUUAUUUUGUUAUAAUCUUGUUUCUUACUCAUAUAUCAGAUUAAUACUCUUUUACGUUUACCUGUCUAAAACUUGUUUUCUCAAUGUAAUAAAAGCACAAUAUAUCUAUAUAAACCACCUAGGCAUUUGCAAUCAUCAAUACAAACAAGGUAAACAGUAACAAGACCAUUUACAAUCAAAAUGAAGUAGUCCGACAGAUUAUUUGAACAUGUCCUAAAGAUUUAUUUAAAAAAGAAAUAAAAUUGAAGUAUUCAAAUUAAUAUUUAUCAUUUUCUAUAAAUGAUUUACUUUGCUGACUGUGGCAAUUUCAACUUUAUUAAAAAGAAUUUUCAAUGCACUUUAUAAAUUAGUGGUUUUAUUUAGUUUUAUCAGAGAUGUGGAUUGUAACUUCUUAUUUCUAAUGGCCUUACCUUCUUUUUAAUGCUUUCAGUGAGGCCAAGCGAUAAGACAAUCAAAAUUUGAUAUUUAAUUGGAUUUUCCUCAGAAAUAUUUUGUUCGAUGAUGCACUAAUUUGGAAAUUUUACUAUGAAAAUUCUCCUCAGUACUUUACACAUCCCAAAAUAUGCAUGCAUGAAUAUUUUGUUUGUAUCCAAAUAUAUAAACUGUGUUGUGACACAAACACUAGAUGUUUCUUCCCUUAAAGUGAAAUUUGUAGUCAAGGUGAUGAUAUUUGUGCUAUCUUCUGUGUGAUAACGUAUGUUUACAAUAGAUUUACUAUCACAAAUCAUAUUUGUUCAAAUCAUUAUAGAUGUUGUUUAUUUAAAAUGCUAACAAUUACUAAAACAAAGAAGUUAACCUCUUAAGAAGUACAAAAUUUGAUGGAACAGUGAAAACGUUCCUGUAACAUGUGCAUUUGAAUAACCACCUUGAUUUUGAUGCCAACUUCAUUUAUUUACAAUUUUAAACCAUUUAAAUUCAUUAAAAUAUGAGAUGGACAGAUAAAAAAGAUUGCAUAAUCAAAUGAGAUUAGAAAGAAGUAAUUGGAGAAAAUUUUGGUACAUGAAAAGUGAGAACUGUUUGCACAAACCUUGUGUCGGUUGACUUGACAAAAUCGGAUAGUCUUACAAUUUGUAAUUGAACUAAAUGCCAAAGACUUGUUUGCUAUGUAAAAUUAUUAUGUGGCAGUCCAGUAAUCCGUCUUGUCCAUUUUAUGUUUCUUUUACCACCUAAAAGUUUAAAAUGUUUUAUUUUCAAUUUCAAAUACUUUCUUUGUCAAAAUUUGAAUUAAUUUAGUUAUAAAAAUAAACUUUCUAUUUUCCAGGCAAAAAAAUAAUGUUAUGAUUUUUAUUCAAUACUGUAUUUUUAUACCUUAAUUAAAAAUGGCACACGAUCAUAGACAUGUAUGCAUUACCCCUAAAGUAUUAAAGAUUAAAUUCUUCUAAAAACAAAAUGUCUUACUAUUAAAAUUAACGUUGGAUCUUAAACAAAUGACCAGUGGACUUACUAAAUGUGCAACACUUUAUUCUCAAUUUUAAUAAACUGGUAGUAAUAAGCAGUUGAGCAAGUAAAAGUAAAACAAUCAAGCAUCUCAUAUUUCAAGCCAGUGUAAUCAAAGGAAAUGUAAUUGGACGAAACAGUGUUGUGAAAGGUUUAAAGUUUCUCUAUGUAACAGCAGUAAUUAAUUAAUUAUAUACAUAAUUGAGUAAAACAUUACUUGGUAAGAUUGUGAGUUUGGUUUAAUGUGACUAAACAGCCUAGAGUUUAUUUACUGUUCUCAACUUUUUUCCCCAAUAUUUAAGAAUAUUACUGCAAAUCUUUUGUUUUAAAGGCCCUAAUAUAUUAGAGAUAAAAUAAAAGCUAGCACAGUAUAUUGCUACAGUAAAACAAAUAAGUUAUUUUAAUAAAUUUAGUGUUUGAAUUAUUGUAGUUAAUUGAUUAUAUAUAAAAUGCUACGUGAAUAUAACCAGCUAACACUUUUGCAUAAAGUGUAAAAUGUUAAGAUACUGGUUUUAUAACUUUAAUUUGUACAGUAGUAGUUAACUAUAAUUAAAUUGUUACUUUAUUUAAUA